GAUUAGGAAGGGCAAUCAAUAAUUAAUAAAGAAGUAUCUCAAAAAAAAUAAAAAAUAAUAAUAAUAAUUAUAAAGAAAAAAAAAACAUACGCAGAACCGAGUCAAGAUUCUGACCGUCCAUUCUAUGGAUCACAUGCUACGUCCCUGAUUGAUUGCACUUUGGCUCACGUGUCUGCCACGUCCUCUUAUCGUCUUUUAAAACCAUUAACCCAACGAACAACGCUGAACAUAUCUCUCUCUCUCUCUCUCUCUCUCUCUCUCUUUCCAUCACAUUCUGCUUUUCGUUGUGUUUCUGUUUCCCUCUCAAGAUUUCUGAAACAAAGCGAAGUCCUACCAUUUCCAAUCAAAUCCUGUCCACAUUCCAUUUUUGACACUUCUUAAAAGGUCCUCAGAUCUUUUAAAGACUGCCAAAUGCUCCACCACAAGCAGAAUCUUUGACAGCCACUUUUCUUCGCUAAACUCAAGACCAACAGUCCCAAACUUACCAAACAUACGAAAAAGAUCAGCAUCGAUGUACCCUCCAUGAAACUUUUAAUACCAACCCAAAUCUUGAAAAUCUUGAAAAUCCCAGAAUUGGGUCUUCAAGAUUCUCAGUGAACAUUCUAGUAUAAUUUUUGUUUUUUGGGUUUUUGUUUACCUAUAAUGUCUUGGCAAAACCACAACUUGGAGGGAAAGACAGGGAAGGUUUGCAAGAUCAGAAAGCGAGGCUGUUCGUCGUCGUCGUCCUCUUCGUUGGUCCGUAAAUACCGAUUCAAGCGGGCGAUUCUGGUCGGGAAGCGAGGCGGGUCGAGCACGCAGGUCCCUACGUGGAAGACUAGCGCGAGAUCGAGAUCGAGAUCGCCUUCGUUGGCGAUGGAAAACGCAGAGUUUCCCACUUCUAAAGGUGGCGGUGGUGGUGGGAGAGGGAAGGAAGUGUCGGUUUCUGCGAGGAAAUUGGCGGCUACCUUAUGGGAAAUCAACGAGGUUCCUUCACGGCAAGAGAAGAAAGGCUUGGAGGUGGUUAAGGAUCAUAAGAAAGAGCUUACAAGCCGAGAGAGAGUGGCUAAAUUAUCCCACCAGUUGUCAGAUCCAUGUCGUAGUCCUAUUUCAGAGAGGAUGGAGGGAUCUGGAGGUGGUAGUCACCAGAGAAGAAAAUCAGCCAUUUCUCAAAAGCUCCAGCUGACUGACUAUUGUUUGGUUGGAUUGGACUCCACCAGCAAUGCUAGUUUGAUAGAGAUGGAAAGCCAUUCUCUGGGAAAGACUCAUCAUAACUAUUGUUUAACUGCAAUCCAGACUCGUUUAAAAGAGGUCAGCAAUGGCUUAAACACAUCUAAGGAGCUUCUGAAAGUUCUGAAUCAUGUAUGGGGUCUUCAGGAGCAGCAUUCAUCAGGAAUACCGGUCGUCUCGGCCCUGCGCAUUGAGCUCGAUCGAGCACGCAACCAGGUGGACCAGUUGAUCCGCGAACAAAGGUCUAACCGCAAUGAGAUCGAGUACCUCAUGAAACAUUUUGCAGAAGAAAAGGCAGCCUGGAAGAUCAAGGAAAGAGAUAGGAUUCUUAAUGCCCUAGCAUGCAUGGCAGAAGAGCUUGAGGUUGAGAAGAAGCUAAGAAGACAGACAGAGAGAUUGAACAAGAAGCUUGGUAAAGAACUUGCAGAUACAAAAGCAUCCCUGUCAAAGGCAAUGAAGGAGGUUAGGAGGGAGAAGCGGGCAAAGGAGAUUUUGGAGCAAAUUUGUGAUGAGUUAGCCAGAGGUAUUGGUGAAGAUAGGGCUCAAGUAGAAGAACUAAAGAGAGAGUCGGCAAAAGUUCGGGAAGAAGUGGAAAAGGAAAGGGAAAUGCUUCAGGUGGCUGAUGUUUUGCGCGAAGAGAGAGUCCAGAUGAAGCUCUCAGAAGCUAAGUAUCAAUUUGAGGAGAAGAAUGCUGCGGUAGAAAAGCUUAGAAAUGAACUUGAGGUGUACUUGAAAACGAAAGUAGGUAAAGAAAAUUCUGAUGGGUCUCCAAAGUUUGAAAAGAUCAAGGAGCUUGAGGCCUACUUGAAGAAGAUCAAUUUUGGGUCAUCUCAAAAUGCAGAGAAAGAAGAGGAUGAAGGGGAAGUGGCAGAUGGAGAAGACUCAGGUGAAAGCGAUCUUCAUUCCAUUGAAUUAAACAUGGACAAUACCAGCAAGAGCUAUAAAUGGUGUUAUGUUCAUGAAGAUGAUGCUCAAGAUGAUUCAAUAAAGGUUUCAGUUGAUAAAGAAUCAAAAGGGAGGAAGUCUCUCUCUGAGAAAAUUCAAUGGGGAAGCAUUUGCUUUAACAGGGGAGCUUCCAAUGGGGACUUUGGUUCAAAAACUCGGGAAAAUUCAGAAAGGUUUGAUCAGGAAAGAUUAUCUGAGAUGCUUUCACAAGCUCAAACACAAGAUCAUGAUGAUGAAAUUAGAAGAUCUAGAUCUCUUUUGGGUCUUAGUGACCGCAUUUUAUCCGGUUCAAAAAUAGCUUUUACAAGAUCCUUGCCUUUACUAGAUCCUGGAAAUGAUGCUUGGGAAAGUUCAAUGGUGUUGCAGGGAGAUGAUUUGAAGCCUGAGGUAGCAGGAACAAGAGGCAAAUGUCAGACUCAAAACUAGUUCAAUACAAUAAACAUUUCUGGCUUAGUAUUUUCUUCCCUCUGGCCUAUGCAUUGCUUGCGUCUUCUUGAAGGCAUUCAAAUCAUCCUCAUGGCUCAAUGUCUCAUUUGUUUGUCAGCUCGAUGAAUUGCCGAUAUAUAUAUAAAAAGCAAAAAUGUAAAUAUCAUCUCAUACGAAUUAAGUUGUAUGGACCCAGUUCAAUUCAUCUGUACAAAGCCUGCUAUAUCCCAAGGCUACCUGAAUUUUGCAGUAUGUUUUCAUUUAUAGUGUGUCCUGUGUAGCCUUGAUUAGAGGAAAAUUUUCUUUCUAAUUAAGUUGGAUGUUAAUCAAAGGCAUCUUUUAUGUGUACAAGAAA